AUGGCAGCGCUCCCCGGGACGGUACCGCGGAUGAUGCGCCCGGCGCCGGGGCAAAACUACCCUCGCACCGGCUUCCCUUUAGAAGUGUCCACCCCGCUGGGCCAGGGCCGGGUGAAUCAACUCGGAGGGGUUUUCAUCAACGGGCGCCCGUUGCCCAACCACAUCCGCCACAAGAUCGUGGAGAUGGCUCACCACGGGAUCCGGCCCUGCGUGAUUUCCAGGCAGCUCAGGGUCUCCCACGGCUGCGUUUCCAAAAUCCUCUGCAGGUACCAAGAGACGGGCUCCAUCCGACCCGGGGCCAUCGGGGGCAGCAAGCCCAGGCAGGUUGCGACUCCCGACGUGGAGAAGAAAAUCGAGGAAUACAAGAGGGAAAACCCUGGGAUGUUCAGCUGGGAGAUCCGGGACAGGCUGCUGAAGGAUGGGCACUGCGACCGCAGCACUGUGCCCUCAGUGAGUUCGAUUAGCCGUGUGCUACGCAUCAAAUUCGGGAAGAAAGAGGAAGAGGAGGACUGCGACAAGAAGGAGGAAGACGGGGAGAAGAAGGCCAAGCACAGCAUAGAUGGCAUCCUGGGCGACAAAGGGAACAGGCUGGAUGAAGGCUCCGAUGUCGAAUCCGAACCAGACCUGCCUUUGAAGAGGAAGCAGCGCCGCAGCCGGACCACUUUCACUGCAGAGCAGCUGGAGGAGCUGGAGAAGGCCUUUGAGAGGACUCACUACCCAGAUAUCUACACCCGGGAGGAGCUGGCACAGAGAACCAAGCUCACCGAGGCCCGUGUCCAGGUGUGGUUCAGCAACCGACGAGCGAGAUGGCGCAAACAGGCGGGUGCAAACCAACUCGCAGCAUUCAACCAUCUGCUGCCGGGGGGCUUCCCACCCACAGGAAUGCCAACUCUGCCCCCAUACCAGCUGCCAGACUCCACCUACCCAACCACCACCAUUUCCCAAGAUGGAGGCAGCACCGUGCACAGACCCCAGCCCUUGCCACCAUCCACCAUGCAUCAGGGAGGGCUUGCUGCUGCCGCUGCAGCUGACUCCAGCUCUGCCUAUGGGGCCCGACACAGCUUUUCCAGCUACUCAGACAGCUUCAUGAAUGCUGCAGCUCCUGCCAACCACAUGAAUCCUGUUAGCAAUGGCCUCUCUCCACAGAAGCAGGGUGCCCAAAACAAGAUGCAGUGCUCCAGGUGGAACCUCACCAUAGCCUUGAACAAUCAGGUGAUGAGCAUCCUGAGCAACCCCAGCGGGGUUCCUCCACAGCCCCAGGCUGACUUCUCCAUCUCUCCCCUUCACGGUGGCCUGGACACCACCAACUCCAUCUCUGCCAGCUGCAGCCAGCGGAGUGACUCCAUCAAAUCCGUGGACAGCCUCCCGACCUCGCAGUCCUACUGUCCUCCCACCUACAGCACCACCAGUUACAGCGUGGACCCAGUGGCUGGCUACCAGUAUGGGCAGUAUGGACAAACUGCUGUUGAUUAUUUGGCCAAGAACGUGAGCCUGUCCACGCAGCGCAGGAUGAAGCUGGGAGAACAUUCGGCUGUUCUGGGGCUCCUACCAGUAGAGACAGGCCAAGCUUACUGAAGAGUCCAACUGUGCCAACAACCCACUCCAGCAACUCGGUACCACUGGAGAAACACUACCAGCCUUCCAGGGAUCUGCCUGUACCCGGACCCUACUCCUUCCCAACUCCCUUCCACCUCGCAUCAACUUGAGAAGGAGACGGGAAGGAUGGGGAGGGCUCUCCAAGAAUCCAGCUCUUCCCAGAGUGCUCAGAGGCAAGCCUGGCCUCAUUGACCUGAAUUCUGUGGCCAGAGACAAUAGGUUGGGUACAUUUAUUAACCCCGAGUUCAUGCCCUCCCUCUACCUGGCCAUGGUGUUUUGCCCAUGCUAAAGGACCUUCCAUUGAUCUAGGUAGUUGGCAUAGUCAAAGCCAAAUUGAUCUUUUCUUUUUGUUUCCUUUUCUUUCCAUUGGUGUAAAUUUGGUGAAUGUUGUAUAGGAAGGAAUAACCAAGCUGAUUGUUAAGGAUGAUGUAAUUUGGGACCACAGAAGACCUAUGGACCAAAUAUAAGAACUUGUUUUAAACAAACAACAACAACAACAAC